AUGCCUUUCGACGACUUGUAUGAACACUUGAAGCCAUCCUUGGUCUCCCACUCUCGCCAGCUACGUUUACAAACCCUCCGCCUCCUCAUUCUCGCCGGUUCCGCCUCUCCGUGCAUCGCCGAAUUUAUGCAGAAAGCGUUGCAAGCUGAGGAAGUUUCGAUCGAUGUUCAAGGAGCUCGUGAACGUGUUUUGCGUAUCAGCAGGCUACCCGUAGCGGUGAAGGAAGGCGAUGAAGUCACAGCGGGUAUAUGUGCACGCUGGCUGAUAGGCAUGUCCAUAUCUUAUCUGAAGGUCAACCUGAAACCUCUAUGGGCGCCCGCAGUCGCGGCACUUGCCACCUUGGCUAACCGGUUCGGGGAUAUUGUUUGGACACUAUUGUUCAGCGAGCUGCAAGCGGCAUCGUCGGCCUCUGCAGAGGCACCACCGGUUUGGUUGAAGGAGAGGACCGAAGAAGAGGACGACGUCUGGGAAACGGAACGGUCAUGGCGAGAUCCGAACGCACACAAAGUGCGAAUCAGCAUCACUCGUUGGCUCUGUCACGAUGCAGCGAGUCGCGCCAUGGUCAAAAGCCAGCUCACUGGAGAUCGAUUUGAUGUGUCGAUGUACGAGCAGCAGCUUCUUUCCGCACUGGAAGCCUGUUCUUCCCUUGCGGAGAAGCACAAUCGGGACCUAGUUCCACACUUCCUCUCUCUCGUUGACCUCGACGCGCCAUCUAAGCUCCACCGUCCCAAGCUGAGCGCGUGGCUCAAGCUCUUUAGCAAAUUCGCCAACCCAAACGCCCUUCGCUCCACGGACACCCUCCGCGCGCUGUACGUGAAGUACCUGUCCCACCCCGACCGCGCGCUGCAACGCCUCGUGCUCUCAUGUCUCUUCACAUACAAAUCUCCGCGUCUCGCACCACACGAAGACACCCUCCGAACGCUUCUCGACGACACGAAGUGGCGCGACGAGCUUGUACUACUCGACUUCACCAAGUUCGACCAGGAGGAGCGCGCGGAGUUCGUCGACACCGUCAUUCGUCUGCUCUUCGGCAUGAUGAUUGAUCGGAGAGGCAAGAGAGGGGGUGCGGAUCGUCGCGCAGCGAUAUUAUCAACUCUCGCUGGGUGCUCGGACGAGGAGCUCGCGCUGCUCGUAGACCUCAUGCUGGAGCCCUUCCACGGGGGGAGACCGGUGCACGAAGGCGGGUUUACGAUGGUGCCCGUACCUGAAGACGUCUCGACGAAGCAACAGGCCGGGUUCCUGACUCUCCUUGGCGAUGUUUUGAAACAGCUCGGUUCGCGCCUCGUCGGGUGCUGGCCUACCUUGUUGGAGACACUUUUGGACCUUACCGGUGGAGCCCAAACCAAGAUAUCCGCGCAGAAGGCCGACGACAUUGAGGAAGAGGCCGAAGCCGAGGACGAUGAGGAGGUCGAAGUCCUUGACUCGGCGAAAGCGCUCAGGAAUAUUCGCCAGCUCGGUCUCAAGCGUCUGGCGGGAUUUUUCCGUUGUGCGGUCGUCUUCGAUUUCUCGCCGUAUAUGCGAGAAGCCUUCCGGACGUUUAUAUCCCCUCGGCUUCAUCUCCUCGACCAAGAGAACACCCAAUCACCGUCGUCACUUCUAGACCUCUUUCACGCAUGGUCCCAACGCCUGGAAUACGCCGUUUACCUGACGCAGUAUGACGACAACACCCUCCCGAAGGUGUACGACUGUCUUGUGGCCACGAAUGUCAAGCCCGUUGUGAUCUCCAAGGUAUUCGACAUCGUCGAACAACUUCAGUCCCUGUCCGGCGCCGAUGACAACAUUCAUGAGCAUGUUUUCAAGCCACAUGUCUCGCACCUUCUCACCAACCUGUCGACCUUGGUGUCACGCUCUAAGGGCAACGUCGAUGCAAUGACAGACGUGCUUGGACGCCGACAGAUUACCAUCCUCUCGGAGCUCGCGCCCUAUCUCUCCGACUCCUCCCAAGCGACGAUGCUCAUCGACCUCUUUGCGCCGCUGCUGCGCAAGCCUCACAAAACGCUCCCGGAAAAGAUCAAGGUCGAUAUGACUAGGAUCCUAUGCAACCUCUUCCCUCUUAUUCCGGAUUUGGCGGAUGCGAACAGUGUCGCAUUUACCAAGGCUUACCGACUACUGGCACAGCUCUUCCAAACCCUCCGCUCGCGUCAGGCGCGCCUUGCGCUUGUCUCAGCCUUCCAAGUUAUCGCGAAGAUCCAGCCCUCCAUCCAAACUCUCUCUGAUCUAAUGGCCAGCCUCAACGCUUAUUCAACGAAGCGUCUAGAGGAACCUGACUUUGAUCGUCGCAUGGCCGCGUUUGCUGAACUCAACGACCAUCUCCACAAGUCCCUGGUCCAUCAUGAUUGGCUUCCGAUCAUCUACAACAUGCUCAGCUUCAUCCAGGACCCUGCCGAACUGGCGAUCCGGAGCUCCGCGGCAACGUCCCUGAAGCAUUUCGUUGACCUUGUCGCAGACGAGCACGACCCGUAUGAGGAGACGUUCCUCAAGAUUCUUCUUCCGGGGAUCAAGAACGGUCUCCGCUCGAAGGCAGAGCUCGUUCGGUCAGAGCUGCUCAUAGUCCUAUCCCAUGCCGUCGUCAGAUGCACAUCCAUUUUGAGCCUGCAAGAGAUGCGCGUCCUGCUCGCCGGCGGCGACGAAGAGGCCAACUUCUUCAACAACGUCCACCACAUCCAGAUACACCGUCGUACGCGCGCGGUCAGAAGGCUUGCUGAGUUCGCGGAGCAAGGACACCUCAAGAGCAGCACGCUAGCGGACUGGUUCGUACCCCUAAUCGGCAACUAUAUUGUCUCGACCGACUCGCUCGACCACCACCUUGUCAACGAGGCGAUCCUCACCAUGGGCCAUAUGGCGAAGCAGCUGAACUGGAGCGCGUACUACGCGCUCGUGCAGCGCUACCUGAAGCUCGCCAAGCAGAAGGAUGCGUCGGAGCGCGUGUAUGUGCGGACAAUCGUCGCUAUUCUUGAUGCUUUCCACUUCCCUAUGGAGGAAGCGGUCCCCCGAGAAGUUGCUGUUUUCGCUCCGGAGGAAAAUGUCGAUGAAGAGGAAGGCGAGCAAGAGGAAGCACAGCCUGAGCCCCAACCCACCCACGACCUGGCUAAGCUCGCCCGGAUUCAAGACGCAGUCAACGGCCGCCUCUUGCCUAGUCUUAUCUCGUACCUGGAGAAGCGCGACGAGACGGAAGAUAGCCUGCGCAUCCCCGUCGCUACUGGGAUCAUUCAGAUUGCGAAACAUCUUCCUCAGGACCUGCGCGAAGCGCAAAUCUCCCGCCUUCUCACUGUUCUCAGUCAAGUUCUCAAGAGCAAGUCCCAAGAGACGCGCGACCUCGCUCGAGAAACGCUCUGUCGGAUAGCUCGUGUUUUAGGCCCUGACUACCUCUCACUCAUGAUCCGCGAGAUGCGAGGGGCGCUUCUCCGAGGUCCUCAUCUCCACGUUCUAGCCUACUCCGUGCACGCGCUUCUUGUUCAUCUCACCUCUGGCGACCACGUUUCUACCUUCCAUACCCUCGACAGCUGCGUCGCUGACGUCGCUGCGGUUUCGUCAGAGGUCAUCUUCGGCGAAUCAGGGAAGGACGUUCAAGCUGAAGGUUUCAAGACGAAGAUGCGCGAGGUUCGCGGUUCGUCGUCCAGAGGCGUUGACUCGUUCGCCCUUGUCGCAAAGUACAUCACGCCUACGAAGAUUAGCGCGCUUCUUCAUCCAAUCCGCAAUGUCAUGUCCGAGACUGAGACGCUCAAGAUUAUGCAGCAAAUCGAGGAGCUCCUCAAGCGCAUCGCUGGCGGCCUCAACUCCAACGCACAUCUCGUCCCGAGUGAGCUCCUCGUCCUCUGCCACACUCUCAUCAACCAGAACGCGAAGUUCCUGAAGGAAGCACCGAAGCAUCAACCGCGUGGCAAGGGAAAACGCAAGGAUGACGCGCUGGUGCAGACCAAGCGCCAGGUAACGAUGGAUCAGGACCACUACGCGAACAACUCCUUCCGCUUCGUCGCUUUUGGCCUUGACCUCUUCAACACUGCACAUCGUCGUGGGCGGUUCGACUUCAAAGAUCCCGUCAUCAUCUCCCGCCUGGAGCCUAUGGUUGCCGUGAUCGGGAACACACUAUACUCGUCGCAUAUGCAAGUCGUAUCCCCUGGUCUGAGGGCAGCAGCCGCCAUCGUCAAGUGUCCCGUGAAGUCGAUCGAUAAGUCGCUACCGGUGUUCAUUCGUCAGAUCAUCGACGUCAUCAAGCAAGCCGGUUCGACUGAGCCCGAGGCGGUUCAGACUGCAUUCAAAGCUUUGGCCACUAUCCUCCGUGACCAUCCCAGCGCGCAAGUCAAAGAGAAGGACCUUGUCUACCUCCUCGAGCUCCUUGGGCCCGAUCUCGAAGAGCCUGGACGGCAGGCUGCAGUUUUCACUAUGCUCCGCGCCAUCAUCGCUCGUCGCUUCGUCGUCCCCGAAAUCUACGACAUCAUGGACAAAGUUGCCGAAAUCAUGGUCACGAACCAGUCCCCUUCUGUGCAAGAACUAUGUCGCGGCGCGCUCCUUCAGUUCCUCUUGGACUAUCCUCAGGGAAAGGGUCGUCUGCGCAACCAGAUGACAUUCCUGGUGAAGAACCUCUCUUAUGUCUACGAGAGCGGGAAGUUGUCCGUCAUGGAGCUUCUCAGUGCCAUGAUCGCCAAAUUCGAGACGAGUCUUGUACAGGAGUACGCCGAUCUGCUCUUCCUUGGUCUCGUCAUGGUCAUCGCGAACGACGACUCAGCCAAGUGUCGAGAGGUGGCGACGGAACUUAUCAAGGGUCUUCUCGCGCGAAUGGAGGUAAAGCAACGGAACGUCGUCGUCUCGCACGUGCAUACGUGGGCCGUCCAACACUCUCAAGCGCAACUCACCCGCGUUUCCGCUCAGAUGUACAGCCUUAUCGUCGACUUCCUGAAGACCGAUGCCGUACCCUACAUCCCGUCGAUUUGCGCAGACAUGAACGCAGUUCUACGUAGAUGUGCCGAUGCCCUGGAAGACGCCGCUGCAGGUGAAGACGACGACGAAGACAGCGAUCUCAGCCAGCAGUGGCACACUCCCUAUCACUCCCUCCUCGCGCUAUCACGGGUGCUCCGCGAACAACCCGAGCUUGCGACUGGUGGCGACAACGUUGACUGGCCAGCGGUGACUACCCUCCUUCUCUUCCCCCACGCCUGGGUCCGUACGGCGUCUUCUCGACUUCUCGGAACUUUGUUCGCCAGCAUGCCGGCAGCCCCUCCUCCUGAUGACGAGUCCCUUCUCAGCGGGGAGACGCUUGAGGAGAUCUCAGCGAAGCUGUCAAUUCAGCUCAGGAGCGACAACCUCGACGACAACCUCAGCAUACAGAUCGUGAAGAACCUUUUCUACGUCGGGAAAUGUUUCGCACUCUUGGAGUACCACCCCGAUACAAAAGCUGCCGAUGAGGCUGACGAUGACUCGGACGGCGAAGACGACCAAGAGGAUACUGCGGUAGAGAAGUCGCGGCAUCCCCUCUCACGUCUGUUCUCCAAGCUGUCUUAUCAAGCUCGAUCAUCCCUCAUCCGGCGGCGAAGCAAGGCCAGGAUUUCUCCGAAUUGGUCUCUGCAGCCAGCAUCCAUUCUGAAGUGGUUUGCCGCCAUGAUAUCCCAUCUUGACGCCACACUUGUCGAACGCUUUCUUGUGCACAUAUUGAACCCCGUGUAUCGGAUUGUUGAAGAUGAUACCAUCCGCGAUCCACAGAUGGAUGAUCUCAAAGGGCUCGCUGUCGAGUUGCAAGAUCUACUGCAGUUGAAAGUCGGGACGACGAAGUUCUCUACGGUGUACAGCAGUUUGCGUCAAAAGAUCCUCGACGUCCAGAGAGAUCGGAAAGCGGUCCGGGCUAUUCAGACUGCCACAAACCCUGUCGCUGCGGCACAGAGGAAGCUCGUGCGGAAUGUUGCGAAGAAGGAGAGUCGGAAGAGGAAGAGUGAGACGUUCUUGUAA